AUGGCAUCCAUGGCAACAGAUCCUCCUGGUUAUGAUACUCGCUCAGCACCAGUGGGUGCUGAUGCAAGCGACGAUGCGGACGUGCUCGCAAAGUUGGGAUAUAAGCAGGAACUACGGAGAAACUUUACCAUGAUUGAGGUUUUUGGCAUUGCUUUCAGUAUCAUGGGUCUACUCCCAUCUAUUGCAAGUACACUGGCAUAUACGAUCCCUGCAGGGCCGGUAGGAAUGGUUUGGGGGUGGUUUGUUGCUAGCGCUUUCAUUUUUGUAGUCGGUCUUGCAAUGGCCGACCUCGGAUCAGCUAUGCCUACAUCUGGUGGUUUGUAUUGGUGGACGCAUUACUUUGCUUCGCCGAGGUUUAAGAAUCCUCUGAGUUUUCUUGUUGGCUACAGCAAUACACUUGGAUUGGUCGGAGGACUUUGCUCAAUCGACUGUACGAUUUCUCAUCAUGGCACAGAUGGAGCAAGUUUGAUGCUCCUCUCCAUUGUCGUCGUGGCAAAGGACGGCAACUGGUCUCCGACAAAUGGCGAAGUGUAUUGUGUCUUUUUAGCAAUUGUGCUUUUACACGGCAUUUUUGCAUCCACACUCUCAAAAGUCAUGGGAAAGCUACAGACUGCAUUUGUCGUGAUGAACUUUAUCCUUAUCGCGGCCACCAUUAUCGCUCUGCCGGUUGGUAAGAGGCAUUCAGGAGAACGCAACUCUGGCGCCUAUAUCUUUGGGCAAAUGGAAAACCUCACGACAUGGCCGACUGGUUGGGCUUUCAUGUUGUCAUGGCUAUCACCGAUCUGGGUCAUUGGUGGAUUUGACUCGGCUGUGCACAUGAGCGAAGAGGCCGCAAAUGCUACAAAGGCAGUGCCAUAUGGUAUCUUAAUGUCUAUUGGAUCCUGCUGGUUCUUUGGAUUCAUCAUUAUGAUUGCCUUGGCUGCUUGCAUCAAUCCAGACCUUGAAGCUGUCCUCGGGAGCAAAUUUGGACAGCCCAUGGCCCAAAUAUACUACGAUGCUAUUGGCAAGAAGGGCACUAUCGGCCUCAUGACUAUCCUUACAUUUGUGCAAUUCCUGAUGGGCCUUUCAAUGAUUGUCGCGUGCUCUCGUCAAAGCUGGGCGUUCUCCCGCGACGGUGCUCUUCCCUUUAGCAGCUUCUUCCGCCCUAUCUCCAAAAGAUUCGGCUAUAUCCCGCUUCGGACAGUCUGGGGUUGCGCUUUCCUGGCAGCAGUCCUCGGCCUUCUCUCCCUCAUUGAUGCCGCCGCCGCACAAGCGCUCUUCUCAUUGGCCGUCGCAGGUAACAAUGUCGCCUGGGGCACGCCCAUUCUAUGUCGCGCUCUGUUCGGUAGAGACAAAUUUAAGCCCGGCCCAGUAUAUACGGGCGACAAACUCAGUCUGCCGAUUGCUUGGCUAGCAGUCACCUUUCUUGUCUUUGGCAUCAUUCUCAGCAUGUUUCCCACCGGCGGGCCCAACCCAACGCCCGAUACAAUGAACUAUACCGUCGUCAUCAACUGCGCCGUUUGGGGAGGCGCUCUGCUGUACUACUUUAUCGACGCACGGAAAUGGUUCACUGGUCCCAAAAUGACGCUCAACCUUGACGACUUGAGCGAGGAGCAACAACGCGCGAUUGCCGAUGAAGGGAUGAAGGUUGAAGGCGUCGAGCCUGUCCACGUCAAGGGCAGCAGCGACAAUGAUGAAGGCGAAAGCGGAUUAGCAGCGAAGAAACUCGAGAAUGGGGCUUAGUAUUAGUUAUGUCCUGAUCAUUACAUCUAUGUUCAUUUAUCCUGGUCACUAUAUCACGGGUCUUUACAUUUAUCUUCAUUUAUCCUCCGUCGUUAUAUCCUGAUCUAGAUUCACGGGGCAAUAUAUCGCACAUGACAC